AUGAGUUCGAUUUGCGCUUUAGGUGUGAUUGUUAGAUAUUUAAUUCGAAUAUUCCAAGUUUUGGCCACCAUUUAUAGUUGGUUAGAUUUUUCUGUUGGUAUUGUUAAUCAAGGUAUAUGUAGUAAUUAUCAUCCAACCGACAAUUUGUACGAAGAAACAAAUGGUUCAAGUACGGACGAUAUUAAAUCGUUAUUAGAUUACUAUGGCACAGGCUCAAAUUUGAUUGCCGUUGAUGUGUGUAUAGACAUACCGAGAUAUAUUUGUUUAGCCUACAUAUCGAUUAAAUUAGCAGAGUUAUCCAUCAAAAAGAUACGCGCACGAAUGAUUUUGAAACAAAAAUCAAUAUCAACAUCUCUGUCAUUAUCAAGAGAAGAAAAACAAUUAUUAUCCUAUAUGAAACAUUUUAUUGAAGCAAGAUAUGUUAGAUAUUUAUUUGUACCAGUUGAUAGGAGACCAAAAAGUAAAAUAUUAUUAUCACGAAUUAUUCCAAAAAAGAUUUACACGAUUCGAGAUGAUUUUCAUUACUCGUUACGUGUAUUAUCUGUUUAUGCUUCAGCAUUCAUACUUUUAUUUUUUAUGACAACCAAUUUUUGUGUAAAAGUCAUUCCAUCAUUAGCUACUUUGCAUCAAUCAUUAACAACAAUAUUUAAUUUAAGUAAGAAACAUAGCACUGCGACAAUAUUUAAUGAACUUUUUGGCAAUAAUAAAUUUCCAUUGCCUGCAUUUGUGGGACCACGAAAUUUAUUUCAAGUGUAUCGUAGCGAUAUUACCGAAUUACCUCAUCGAGCGACACUGAAUACUGUUAGUUUAGCAACAUCAAAUUUUCAUUUUUCUGAUUAUUCUCCAUUAGGUAGAAAACUGGAAAGAUUCGAUAGUGGUUUCAGCGCUUAUGUGGAAUAUAUCUAUAUGGAACGAGAACACGCACAUCCCGUUAUGCUAUGUUUUGCAAGUUAUUUAUAUUUGAAUGUAAAAUUAAAUCAAACAACAGCAAAAUAG